GGAGCCAGCACCUGACAUUGAUCUGAUACAGUCUGUCACACAGCAUCACCAUGAAGUUUGCUGAACAUCUGACAGCCCACAUUACUCCGGAGUGGAGGAAACAGUACAUAAGUUAUGAAGAAAUGAAGGCGAUGUUGUAUGCAGCUGUUGAGGAAGCCCCUUCUGCAGAAUCAGUAGAACCAGAAGUUCUCAGAAGACACUUCGCCAACUUCGAUGAACAUUUUUUCCAUUUCUGUGAUCAUGAACUCACAAAAAUAAAUACAUUCUACUCGGAAAAAAUGGCUGAGGCGACGCGUAAAUUUGCGGCGUUACAAAAUGAAUUGAGAAUUUCGUUAGGUGACAACCGAAACAACAACAAAUCUCAGUUGAGACAGAAGACGGGAGGAAAAUCAAACGUUCCGCCUCGCAAGAUCCAGGAGCUGAAGCUGGCUUUCAGUGAAUUCUAUCUCAGUCUGAUUUUGCUCCAGAAUUAUCAGAAUCUUAAUUUCACAGGCUUCAGGAAGAUCCUGAAGAAACAUGACAAGUUACUGUCGGUGGACACCGGAGUUCGGUGGAGAGUGGAAUACGUAGAGACCUCUCACAUCAACACGAAUAAGGACAUAGACCGUCUGAUCAGCGAGACGGAGACGACUGUGACGACGGAUCUGGAGGGUGGCGAUCGUCAGAAGGCCAUGAAGAGGCUGAGGGUGCCUCCGCUCGGCGAGCAGCAGAGUCCGUGGACGACUUUCAAAGUGGGGCUGUUCUCAGGCUCAUUUAUCGUGCUUUUCCUCGUCGUCGUGCUUUCAGCGAUAUUUCAUGAGGGCUCUCGUGACAACCUGAAGGUAGCAUUCCGACUGUAUCGUGGGCCACUGCUUAUCAUACAAUUCUUGUUCCUCAUGGGUGUAAACAUAUAUGGAUGGCGCUCGUCCGGCGUGAAUCACGUGCUCAUCUUUGAACUGGAUCCUCGGAACCACCUGUCCGAGCAGCACCUGAUGGAACUCGCCGCCAUCUUCGGUGUCGUCUGGACCCUCAGUCUGCUCAGCUUCCUGUACAGCGCCUCGCUGAGUAUUCCGCCAUACGUAAACCCGCUGGCACUCACUGUCAUCAUGCUUGUGUUUGUCCUUAAUCCCAUCAAAGUCUUCAGACACGAGGCGCGGUUCUGGGCGUUACGAGUCGUGGGAAGGAUUCUCGCAGCGCCGUUCUUUCAUGUGGGCUUUGCCGAUUUCUGGCUCGCCGAUCAACUGAACAGUCUCGUGUCGGCACUUCUUGAUUUUCAGUUCCUCAUCUGCUUUUAUGUAAGGAACGGCGACUGGUUAAAUGCUGGAGAAACAAGCGAAUGCAUGGAGAGGGACUGGAUUGUGAGACCGAUCGUGAACUGCCUUCCGGCAUGGUUUCGCUUUGCGCAGUGCCUCAGACGGUACCGCGACACGAAAGAAGCUUUUCCUCAUCUGGUCAACGCCGGAAAGUAUUCGUCGACAUUCCUCGUCGUUCUGUUCGGAACCUUGCGUUCGAUGUAUGACGAUGGCUACGAGGAUUCGCUGGACAAUCCGUAUUUGUACCUGUGGGUGUUUGCGUCGAUAUUAAGCUCUUGCUAUGCUUACACGUGGGACAUCAAAAUGGAUUGGGGCUUGUUUGACAGAUCAGCGGGCGAAAACAAGUUUCUCAGGGAGGAAACUGUCUAUUCAUCAACAAGCUUUUACUAUUUUGCCAUAGUCGAGGAUCUCGUACUGAGGUUUUCUUGGGCGUAUUCGUACGCCCUUAUUGAGGCCGAGUACAUCAGCGGAGACUUAAUGACAUCUAUAACCUCGCCCUUAGAAGUGUUUAGGAGGUUUGUAUGGAACUUCUUCCGCUUAGAAAAUGAACACCUCAACAACUGCGGUAAGUUCCGAGCCGUGAGAGAUAUUUCUGUGGCUCCUAUCGACUCCUCCGAUCAGUCUCAGAUGAUCCGCAUGAUGGACGAGGGAGACGGCGUCGUUCAUCGUCGCAAAAAGAAGCCGCCCAAGAAGGCAAAGGAGGAAAAACAGAAAUUGUUGUCCGGAGAAUCGAUCGAAGAAGUCGAUAGCUCGGCUUAUAUAGGAAAUCGCUUGUAAAUUUAUUACGUGACGCUUUCCUACGCAGAAUUUGGCCUAUAAUAGGCUUCUAGGAUACUUUGAUGUUUUAUAGUGAUCUUUUCUCGUAACUGAGAGAGAAACUUCGGUGUAUUUAUUGAUUUUAUUUUGUAAGAUUGUAAACUGUCUUAUAGAAAAAUUCCAUAGUACGUUAUGUGUUGCCGAGCGUACGAUACUUUGCCAUAGUUUACUUUUGAAUUUAGAUGCGAGAACAUGGCAGAAAGUAGUUUAAUAUCGAUUAUAUUUCUCAAGGUCUUACUUUAAAUAUAUUAGUUUAUGUAUAAAUUAAGUGAUAUUUUUAAUUACAAAAAAGUAUAAUUUUUGGUGAACGCUG